AAAAAGUUGGCAGGCCGACAGGAGAGCUGUGUCUGCAUCCAUCGCUGAGAGAAGGCCCGUGCAGUACGGGGCGGGCCAGGAGCAAGGAGAGGCCUUCCUCCCUUUGUGCUCCCCCCGCCCCCCAGCCCUAUAAAUAGGCCCAGCCCAGGCUGAGGCUCAGCCCUUGGAGGGAGUUGAGCACCAGGCAGUGAGCAGCCUCCAGCCAAGACCCUGCAAGCAUGGCCAGUGAGUUCAAGAAGAAACUCUUCUGGAGGGCUGUGGUGGCCGAGUUCCUGGCCAUGACCCUCUUCGUCUUCAUCAGCAUCGGUUCUGCCCUGGGCUUUAAUUACCCAUUGGGGGGAAACCAGACAGCGGUUCAGGACAACGUAAAGGUGUCACUGGCAUUCGGACUGAGCAUUGCCACGCUGGCCCAGAGUGUGGGCCACAUCAGCGGUGCCCAUCUCAACCCAGCGGUCACUCUGGGGCUAUUGCUCAGCUGCCAGAUCAGCAUCCUUCGGGCAGUCAUGUACAUUAUUGCCCAGUGUGUGGGGGCCAUCGUUGCCACCGCCAUCCUCUCAGGCAUCACCUCCUCCCUGCCCAUGAACUCACUCGGCCGCAAUGACCUGGCCCCUGGUGUGAACUCAGGCCAGGGUCUGGGCAUCGAAAUCAUUGGCACCCUGCAGCUGGUGCUGUGUGUGCUGGCUACCACUGACCGGAGGCGCCGCGACCUUGGUGGCUCGGCUCCUCUUGCCAUCGGUUUCUCUGUGGCCCUGGGACACCUGCUGGCGAUCGACUACACUGGCUGUGGUAUUAACCCUGCCAGGUCCUUCGGCUCUGCGGUGCUCACUCACAAUUUCAACAACCACUGGAUUUUCUGGGUGGGGCCGUUCAUCGGGGGUGCCCUGGCAGUGCUGAUCUACGACUUCAUCCUGGCCCCCCGCAGCAGUGACCUCACAGACCGCAUGAAAGUGUGGACCAAUGGCCAGGUGGAGGAAUAUGACCUGGAUGCCGAUGAGAUCAACUCUCGGGUGGAGAUGAAGCCCAAAUAGAGAGGAUCUGGCCUGGGUGUCCAUGUAGGGGGUGGGGUGGGGCAGGGAUGGGCAGAGGGAGGGGAGGGCUAAAAUCCAUAUUAUAGACACUCUGACAAGCUGGCCAAAGUCACUCCCCAAAGAUCUGCCAGACCUGUGUGGUCUAGGUCCAGUCUCAUUUGGGGACAGUUCUAUCUCUUUCUUUCUCUGUUUCCAGCUCGCUCCCUGACAUCUCAGAGGAGGUGAAAUGGAGGGACCUACCUGCUAGUUGUCCCCUCAGAGUGUGAAGGGAGGUGUGCCAGAAAAUCCCUGCUCAUCCCAAGGUUGCUCACCACCUCACCUGCCACAGGUGCCUGGGGUUGUGCCAUUAUUGCUUUGUGCUUUGGAGCAUGGCCCCCCUUCUCCUAACAGGCAUCUGGCUCCCCAAGGGUGCUUCGAGGGGGAAGAGAUCCCAGGAGGUACUGUGGAGUGGGGCAAGUUGCAGACAAGCUUUGCCCUUUCAGAUUGUCUUGCUCCUAGCUCCUCCCUUGGACUUGCUGCCUGACCUUGGAAUUGUCCUCAUCUCAGGGCCUCAGUGACCCCAUCUGUAAAGCAGCAGGGAGGGGAAGAGUUAUAUGGAUUCUGUAAGUGAAGACACACCACAGGUUCUAGAAGGUACAGUCCAGACCAUCACAACUUUGUCAACCUGCCCUGAGCUCUGUCCCCAAGUAUAGCUGUGUGCUUGUGUGCACACAUGGAUGAGCUUCCAAGCAGAGAGAUGGUCCAGGUAGUUGGAAAUGCCUGCUCCAUGAGGGGCAUGUUUUCUGCUGUUGUAGAAGGAAAGCCAUUUAGAGGGCAUGGAGGAGUAUCCAUGUACUCUCAUGGAUUCUAGUUGAUGUGCUUUCUGCCUGCCAUGACAUCAACUUGAUCAUUACUUCCUCUUGCCAGUUUAGACACUAUGUGCAUGCGUGUUUAUUAAAGAGCACUUGGGUUAUCUGAGGUCCUAAGCCUGAGGACAGAAUGAUCCAGAUGUGUAACAGUCUAUGGAGGUAUAUGCCCCUGCUGGGUGCUGAGGGGUUCCCAAGCCCCCAACUGAUCCUGAGCAGGGAGGAAUGCUGCAGCCCACAAACAGUUCAGAGCACAGAAUCUGCUGGGGCUCUCCAUCUUUCACUCAGCUCUCUACCUAAGUCCAUUCAAUCCCACCAGGCCAGAGCAGCUCCAUCACUGUGCCCUUAACCAUGUUGCUAGUGCAAAUGGAGAGACACACUUAGGGAGGCCUUAGAAGCAGGGAGAAAGCCAGAAGGCCUGGGUGGUAACCAGCAUUUCAUAUCUACACACUCUCUUCCAUUCCUCAGCAGGAACUCCUUGUUCAUUUAACAGAUAAGGAAACUGAGGCCCUGGGUCUCACAGCUCGAUAAGGAUCUGAACAGUCUUAGCAACCAUGGGCAUGUUUGACUACUCCAUGGACCAUGAGGUGGACCCCUCUUGUUCCCAGCUUCUCAGUUUCUGCCUGGGCAAUGGCCAGGGCCAGGCUAUGAAGGGUAUGUUGGAGGGACAGGCAAAUGACGCCCCUGCCUGGUUCUGGCUACUAUACCCAGGGCCCUGGAUCUGUCUGCUCUGCAUAUGUCUCUUUGGAAUUGGAAUUUCAUUAUAUGUUAAGGAAAUAAAGGAAAAUGACUUUCAAGGUCAUCCAGGUAUCCUUCUUUCUUUUGGCAUGCAUUCCCUCAGGGUUCUUUGGUUUGUGAGGAUACAGCCCUACUGCCAAGGACCUAGUCUGGGGACUGGUGCAGCUACACCAUGGAACCCUCUUGGAGGGACAUGGGCUGUACUCCUUCCUACCCAGUGGGUGACUGUGCAAGCCUGGGAGCAGCUGUGAAGACAGAUGUUCUG